AUGGAUUACUACAGAAAAUAUGCAGCUGUCAUUUUGGUCAUAUUGUCUGUGUUUCUUCAUCUCCUCCAUUCCUUUCCUGAUGGAGAGUUUGCAAUGCAGGGAUGCCCUGAAUGCAAGCUAAAGGAAAACAAAUACUUCUCCAGGAUGGGUGCCCCAAUUUAUCAGUGCAUGGGUUGCUGCUUCUCUAGAGCAUAUCCUACUCCAGCAAGGUCCAUGAAGACAAUGUUAGUUCCAAAGAACAUCACCUCAGAGGCCACAUGCUGUGUGGCCAAAGCAUUUAUCAAGUCCACAGUAAUGGGAAAUGCCAAAGUGGAGAACCACACGGAGUGCCACUGCAGCACCUGUUAUUAUCACAAAUCUUAA